UAGCGUCCCGGUGGCCUUGGCCCGGAAGGUUGCGCAAAGCGGGAAGUGGGGCUCGCCUUACCUGCCAUCUCCAAUCCAGGUGCCUUUUCGUGCCCAAAGAACCCAGGGUUCCCCAGCCCAAGGAUCCGGGGCCCAGCGGCCCCUCCACCUCUACUCCAGGCCCUGGUUUCCAUUAGCACCAGGACUCUGGGACUUGGGUCAUGGAGUCCCUGGAUUGGCAGAUUUGCUUUCCUGGCUCCGGCUCCACUUUGUGACCUGGGUCCUACAGCUCCGUCCUAACCUGUGGCUGGCAAUUCCCCGGGGACUCUCUUGGACUUGGAAUCCACCUGCUUCUUGGAAUCCAUUCCAGCCUCUGCUUAGAGACCUGCUCUCCUCAGGCAUGACCUUCAGGUCCCCCCAGUGACAAGCUCUUCUGUCCAGUUCUCCCAGGACUACCAGCUGAAGAGCCAUUGCUGGACUCCAGCUCCACCACCAUGGGCAGCCCAGAAGGACGCUUCCAUUUUGCCAUCGACCGAGGGGGCACCUUCACCGAUGUCUUUGCCCAGUGUCCAGGAGGGCAUGUGCGGGUCCUGAAGCUACUCUCAGAGGAUCCUGCCAAUUAUGCCGACGCACCCACUGAGGGCAUCCGCCGCAUCCUGGAGCAGGAGGGGGGCAUGUUGCUGCCCCGUGACCGGCCACUGGACACAAGUCGAAUUGCCAGCAUCCGCAUGGGCACCACAGUGGCCACCAAUGCGCUGUUGGAGCGUCGGGGGGAAAGAGUGGCACUGCUGGUGACACGGGGCUUCCGAGACCUGCUGCACAUCGGCACCCAGGCCCGACCCGACCUCUUUGACCUGGCUGUGCCCAUGCCAGAGGUACUGUAUGAGGAGGUGCUGGAGGUGGAGGAGCGAGUGGUGCUGUACCAUGGAGAACCAGGCGCCAGCUCUCCUGUCAAAGGCCGCACAGGUGACUUGCUCGAAGUACAGCAGCCUGUGGAUCUGGGAGCUCUGCGUGGGAAGCUGGAGGGGCUCCUUUCUCGGGGAAUCCGCAGCCUGGCUGUGGUGCUCAUGCACUCAUACACGUGGGCCCAGCAUGAGCAGCAGGUGGGCACACUAGCUCAGGAGCUGGGCUUCACGCACGUGUCCUUGUCCUCGGAAGCCAUGCCCAUGGUUCGCAUCGUUCCUCGGGGACACACAGCCUGUGCUGAUGCCUACCUUACUCCCACCAUCCAACGCUAUGUGCAGGGCUUCUGCCGUGGCUUCCAGGGCCAGCUAAAGGAUGUACAGGUGCUCUUCAUGCGCUCUGAUGGUGGUCUGGCACCCAUGGAUGCCUUCAAUGGCUCCCGGGCUGUGCUUUCUGGCCCUGCUGGAGGUGUGGUUGGCUACUCAGCUACCACCUACCAGCUAGAGGGUGGUCAGCCUGUCAUUGGCUUUGACAUGGGAGGCACAUCUACGGACGUCAGCCGCUAUGCUGGAGAAUUUGAGCAUGUCUUUGAGGCCAGCACAGCCGGAGUUACCCUCCAAGCCCCUCAGCUGGAUAUCAACACAGUGGCAGCUGGUGGGGGUUCCCGCCUCUUCUUCAGGUCAGGCCUCUUUGUUGUUGGGCCAGAGUCAGCAGGUGCCCACCCAGGGCCUGCCUGUUACCGCAAAGGGGGUCCCGCGACAGUGACGGAUGCUAAUCUGGUCCUGGGUCGCCUGUUGCCGGCCUCCUUCCCUUGCAUUUUUGGGCCAGAAGAAGACCAGCCACUGUCCCCAGAGGCCUCUCGAAAGGCCCUGGAGGCUGUGGCUACUGAGGUUAACAGCUUCUUGACCAGUGGGCCCCGUCCGGCUUCCCCACUGAGCCUGGAGGAGGUGGCCAUGGGGUUUGUGCGUGUUGCCAAUGAAGCAAUGUGCCGGCCCAUCCGAGCUCUCACACAGGCACGAGGUCAUGACCCAUCGGCCCAUGUACUGGCAUGCUUUGGGGGAGCUGGUGGGCAGCAUGCGUGUGCCAUUGCCCGGGCCCUGAGCAUGGACACUGUGCACAUUCACAGGCACAGCGGACUGCUGUCAGCACUGGGACUGGCCCUGGCAGAUGUGGUACAUGAAGCACAGGAGCCCUGCUCCUUGUCUUACACACCUGAGACCUUUGCACAAUUGGACCAGAGACUGAAUUGCCUCGAGAAACAGUGUGUGGAUGCCUUGCAGGCUCAGGGCUUCCCUAGGUCUCAAAUCAGCACUGAGAGCUUUCUGCAUCUGCGAUACCAGGGCACUGACUGUGCCCUAAUGGUGUCUGCCCACCAGCACCCGGCCACAGCCUGCUCACCCCGUGCUGGAGACUUUGGAGCAGCCUUCUUUGAGAGGUACAUGAGAGAAUUUGGCUUCGUCAUCCCUGAGCGACCGGUGGUGGUAGACGACGUGCGGGUGAGGGGUACUGGCCACAGUGGACUUCAGCUGGAGAAGACCUCCAAAACCCAGACUGGGCCUCCCCGGGUAGACAAGGUGACCCAGUGCUACUUUGAGGGGGGUUAUCAGGAGACCCCUGUGUACCUGUUAGGAGAGCUGGGCUAUGGGCACCAGCUCCAGGGGCCCUGCCUUAUCAUUGACAACAACAGCACCAUCCUCAUAGAGCCAGGUUGCCAAGCAGAGGUAACAGAGACGGGGGACAUCCGGAUUUCUGUGGGAGCUGAGGCCCCCAGCAUGACAGGCACCAAACUUGACCCCAUCCAGCUGUCCAUUUUCUCACACCGCUUCAUGAGCAUUGCUGAGCAGAUGGGCCGCAUCCUACAGCGAACAGCUAUCUCCACUAACAUCAAGGAACGCCUCGACUUCUCCUGUGCUCUCUUUGGGCCUGAUGGGGGGCUCGUCUCCAAUGCGCCCCACAUCCCUGUGCACCUGGGUGCCAUGCAGGAGACUGUACAGUUCCAGAUCCAGCACCUGGGGGCUGAACUCCACCCUGGUGAUGUUCUGCUCAGCAAUCACCCCAGUGCAGGGGGCAGCCAUCUUCCAGACCUGACUGUCAUCACACCGGUGUUUUGGCCUGGCCAGACAAGGCCUGUGUUCUAUGUGGCCAGCCGAGGGCACCAUGCAGACAUUGGAGGCAUCACGCCAGGCUCUAUGCCUCCCCACUCUACCACACUGCAACAGGAGGGUGCCGUCUUUCUGUCCUUCAAACUGGUCCAGGGCGGUGUCUUCCAGGAGGAGGCGGUGACGGAGGCCCUGCGGGCACCCGGAAAGAUCUCUGGCUGUAGUGGAACCAGGAACCUACAUGACAACCUGUCAGAUCUCCGUGCUCAGGUGGCAGCCAACCAGAAGGGCAUCCAGCUGGUGGGAGAGCUGAUUGGACAAUAUGGCUUGGACAUAGUGCAGGCCUACAUGGGACAUAUUCAGGCAAAUGCUGAACUGGCUGUACGAGACAUGCUUCGGGCUUUUGGAACUGCCCGGCAGGCCCAGGGCCUGCCCCUUGAAGUGUCUGCAGAAGACCACAUGGAUGAUGGCUCUCCCAUCUGCUUGCAUGUGCAGAUCAACCUGAAUCAGGGUAGUGCUGUGUUUGACUUCAGCGGCACUGGAUCGGAGGUGUUCGGAAAUCUCAAUGCCCCUCGGGCCAUUACCUUGUCUGCCCUCAUCUACUGCUUGCGCUGUCUAGUGGGCCGAGAUAUCCCACUUAACCAGGGCUGCCUGGCUCCUGUACAUGUGGUGAUUCCUAAAGGCUCUAUCUUGGACCCAUCCCCAGAGGCAGCAGUGGUGGGUGGCAACGUGCUCACAUCGCAGCGCAUAGUGGAUGUCAUCCUGGGGGCCUUUGGGGCCUGCGCAGCCUCCCAGGGCUGCAUGAACAAUGUGACCCUUGGCAAUACCCGCAUGGGCUACUAUGAGACGGUGGCUGGUGGUGCGGGUGCAGGCCCCGGCUGGCAUGGGCGCAGCGGCAUACAUAGUCACAUGACCAACACACGCAUCACUGACCCAGAGAUCCUGGAGAGUCGGUACCCGGUCAUCCUACGCCGCUUUGAGCUGAGAUUGGGCUCUGGGGGCCGAGGCCGCUUCCGGGGAGGUGAUGGGGUGGUCCGAGAGCUGGUCUUUCGGGAGGAGGCACUGCUGUCUGUGCUUACUGAGCGCCGAGCCUUCCAGCCUUACGGCCUCUAUGGGGGUGAGCCUGGUGCCCGUGGCUUAAACCUUUUGAUCCGAAAGGAUGGUCGCAAGGUGAAUUUGGGCGGGAAGACGUCUGUGACCGUGUACCCUGGGGACGUGUUCUGCCUGCAUACUCCUGGUGGUGGGGGCUAUGGGGACCCUGAGGACCCUGCCCCACCCCGAGGCUCACCCCCACAACCUCCUGCUUUCCCAGAACGUGGCAGUGUUUAUGAGUACCGUUGUGCCCAGGAAGCUGUGUGAUAGGCCAAUAAAGAUCCUUUGAGCCACCCA